UUGUAAUGUGUUGCGGUACGUGUGCACGGCACCUGCCGGAAAGUGUCAGUCGAAAAGAGUGAAUGAGAUUGUCUAUUGUUAUUUUUCCACCAUUUGAAGAGACGGAAUAAAGAUAAAACUAUUACUACGAGUCGUGGAUACACUGAUUGUCAGUUACAUGUGGUUUCUACAGCGACUGUUGUUGUCCAACAGGUGAAAUUCCGGCUAAAAAAGAGGCGGUACGGAUGCUCAGCCUGAUCAUCGAGUCGGGAGGAGCAUAGUACAGAAAGGACAGUGUUCCGCGAGCCCCGCACACGUGUGACUGCGGUCGCCUUGUGCUGUCCACACCGCACCGUCUUUCAUUCAAAAGCUGUGACAUUUUGUCUGGAUUUGCCACUUUCUUUCCGCACUCGGAGAUGUUCGAACGGCGACUCAAAGACAUGGAGUGGACUUUGCCGAGCCCCAAAUGGAUUUUUGUAUUUAAUAUUCUGCUCUUCUUGCUUCGAUUUUCGCUGGGGAAGACGCUGGCCACAAUUCACUGGAACAAGAAUGCCAAUUUCGGCACAGAAGGGCUGGAGCUCCACGCCGAGAUCAAUGACAAGGUGGAGAUUGACUGCCCCAAGACGCCCAACACCACCGUGGGCCGGCAGUACGCCGAGUACCUGACCUUCACCCAGGUCUCGCAGGCUGGCUUCGAUCAUUGCAGUACCAACAUCAGCUACGGCAUCGUCCGCACCUUGCUGACUUGCAACAGGCCCUUCGAGGAUAAUUCCUUUAUUCUGUUAUUCCAGCGCUACCCCCCACUUCCGGGAAGCCCGACAUUCAGACACAGCAGAACCUAUUACUUUAUAACAACUUCAGACGGCACGUUAGACGGAUUGCAUCAAAUCAACAGGGGUCUGUGCCAUACACAUAACAUGAAACUUAGAGUUCACAUCCGGCCAAGACCCACAGAAGCCACUCCUACCGGGCAGACACCAAUGAGGACGCGUCCUCGUACACGAUCCACUACCCGGCCGACCACUCCCACAACACUACCCACGACACACCCCAAGACAACCACCUUUCCUCAAGCAAUCACGGAGAAGCCCAAAAUCACAGACAAGCCAGUUGAGGAGACGCCCAAGAAAAACAACCCUGAUUCCCAGUCCUCGGACAAUGCCAGCACCGUCCUCAGACACUCGUGGACGCUUCUCCUCUUGGGACUGUGCACAGCGAUGUUGAGAUGGUUAACGAUGACGUGAUGUGGAAGAUGCAGACGACAACGACAUGCAAAAGAACUCUGCAGAAUUCUCCUUUUUUAUAAGACUCGCUCAACCUCCCUCCAGAGUUUAUUGAAUUUUUGGUGGGACGGUCAGUUUUUGCCCAAUUUCUGGUCAGUGCCUAUGCGUACCUUACCUGGGGUCUCUUGAUCAGGUCGCCAUUAUUCUGCAUCUGUGCAUCUCUUUUCUCAACUAAGAGGUGGUUGCAGUUAUACCAAGCCCAAAAUGCUCAAAGUGUGUUCAUGGUUGUAUAUUUUCAUGAACCCUUUCAGCAAUUGGUGUGAGGGCAUUUAGUGAGAACAUUUCAAAGUAAGGACUCUGGUCUGAGGACAUACACAUGACAUGUAAACCAAGGGACGUAAUUUUCCAGCCACUACAUGUCUGUAUACAUAAACACGUGUAUUUAUGCACUUGUGAGGACACAAUGGUGUCUGAGGACAUGGAUAGCCUCAUUGGAUGACAUGCCUAAACAGGACCUAUGUGACAUUUGUAUGUCCUCACAGCUAAUUUGGUUAAGAAGUGGGAACUUAACCACUGUACACCACUUGGAUUGGCCUGACUGAAACCACUGAACAGAAUUCGGGCAAAUGACAAAACAAAAAAUCUGUAUAAAAUUUGAAAUGUCAAAAGAACUUGUUUAUUUAUAUUGUAUUGAUGCUUACAUUAUUAGGGGCAAAAAUGCUUUUGUAGAAUUAAAAAGAAAACAAAUUCUGCUUCCAAUGUGGCUGAAGUUUUACGUACGUCUUUGUCUUUUGUAAAAAAAUUUAAAAAAUGAAAGAAAAAAAGCUUGUUUGUUACCACACAUUUGGAAACCAUCUUAAAAGCAAAUAUUUUUGGAAAAAUUACCUUCAAGACUAUUUGGUAGAUUCCCGAAGACUCGUACCUGUAAACAAAAUUGUUAAUUUGUUUUGUAGCAAGAUUGUUGAAGAAAUAUCUGCCAUCAUGAGGUCUUGGGAACCAGUUCUCGAUCUUGAAUAAUUACAGAUCGUGCUGUUCCAAUGAUUUUACAUCUUUAAGUGGCAAAUCCCUUAACUAAAAAACUUUAUCUUGUGUAAGUCUUAUCUCAAAACAAGGUAGAAUAAAUUCCAAGAAGUUAUCAGAGAUUCUUGUUCUUUGAUUGUGAAUGUUGCACAGUUCUUCCUCUGUGUUAACAGUCACUUUUCAAAGUUGUAUAAAACAUUCAUGGCUGAAAAUUACAGGAAGAGUGGUUACUAUGGCAACAGGCUGCAAAAGCAAAGCAAUAAUUUGCUGACGAUACUCUCUGGGCUGACAAACUGUUUUAGUGUCAGUCCAUCUAAAGAUUAAAACACCACAUAAAGCCACAUCUUGUUUUUGAGGCUGAUUUUUUACAAUCAACCAAAUUUUAAAAAAGUGCUUUUUUCUUAAUACUCUUUAAGGUAACCCUUUGGACAGAUUCUGUAAGGUCUACAGAAAAGUAACAAAAUUCAUCCAAACCCGUGAAUGGCAAAGAACACAGGGUUUCCAUGCAGAUGACCACUGCAAGUCCAAUUUCAUAUGACUUUGGCAGGCUGUGUCCGAGUGAUUUGGCUAUGGCUGGGUCAUACACGUAUCAGUGGGUAAUGCAUGAAGCCAUUAGUAAGUGGUUGCCAUUGGCUUGUGUACUGUUUAAAUUCCAAAGAGUGAAAAUUCACACUAUUCGAGUGAAAAUUCAAUCCCUCCAAUUGAAACCAAGGACCAGACGAAUUGGAGUGAAAUUUCUUCACUUCAAAAGAUUGAAAUUUCACUUGAGCUUCCACUGGAAGGGGCUAUUUUUAGCCUUUUCCAAUCUUAAUUCAGAGUGAUUUUUCACGCUAAAACGUCUUGUCCCUAACUUCACUCUCUCUGAUUUAGAAAGUAGAAUUUGUAGUCACAGCCAAGCCAGUCACACAUGGUCUUAAUAUACGUGUUGGGACACCAUUGUUAAAAUGUUCACAUCACUGACUGAACCCCACAAUGUCAAGUAUGUAGUUUUAUCAUUGCUCGGAGAAGCAAGAUCAACAUUUUGUUUUUCUUAAUUUACCCAUGCAUAUUACUGCAAAGCCCCCCCCCCCGGUUGGUAACAUUUGGUUUUCCUUCAUUCUUUCAAAGAUGUAUAUUUCUCAUUUAUUUAUUAAAAAAAUGAAGCCUUGUCUUUUGUGUAAAUAUGGUAGGACGCAAACUUGAACAAGUCAAAACGUGUUUGAGUUUGGUCGUUUUUUGGGGUGUGGGUGAGAAUUAGCCAGAAUGCUUUAAAAGUGUAGAUUUUUGUAACAAAAAUAUCCAAAGAAGAAAAAAAAAACAGUUAGCAAAAUAAGGAAGCUGACCUGACUUCUGUCAACACCUUUCCAUCAACUUGUAUAAAGAAGAACAAGUGUACAGAUUUUCAAGUGUAUGUCAACUGUGAUGUGUCAUGUGAAGAAGUGUUCGGAAUUAUUCACCCUAGUUCUUUGUUUCAAAUAUGGGCACAAGAUGCCGAAGACAGACACCCAUGAAGACUGUUAAUCCAUGGGUCUGAGCAUUCAUUUUGGUCGGCGCUCCUUCUAAUAGCCUGCACCAGUGGUCCUCAAGAUGUGUUACAGUGCCAGUAGAUCCUUGAGAGGACUUCUCAGGCUAGCGUAAGCUUUUUUUGGUUUGCCAUGUCAUGUUUUAGUUGCUACAGUUACCGAGUAAGUUCAUUUUUGAAGAAAAGAGCUCGGCAAACAAUAUUUCACCCGAACAGCGUUGCAGGGCUUUGAACACUCUCUCAGAAAUCAUUGAUUUGUAGUGUUCCUACGUGACGUUAAAACAAAUUGUGGCGGAAGAUUUUGUUCACUGUUCCUGGCUGAAUUGUCUCUCAAACAAGAGAGAAUUGACUCUUUUGUAAAUAGAUUAAGAACUUGAUUUUUUUCAUUAUUUUAAAAGUAGGGAUUGCUCUUUUCUAUGUAAAACUACUCAAUUUAAAGACUGAAUUUUCCUUAGACUAAACGAACCAUCUCAUCUUUUUGAUACUAUGCAAAUAUUAUAUAUAUUUGUCUGUCAGUUUGUUUUUCUUUUUGUGUGUGUGUGCGGGGAGGAAUUUGUGGAUAUUUGCAAUUGUACAGAAUUAUUGAAACAUGAUCUGUAACAAUGCGCACUAAAUAGAUAUGCUUUUGUCCAUGUUCAGGGGCCAUUUUUGAACCCCCCCUUAGUCAAAAUUGCAGUUCACAGAAAUCCUGCGUGGCUACCAACAACGGUGAACACUGUGCUGUGGAGGAUGUUAACUGGUACCCAGUUGAACUCUUUAUAGAAUCGGUCCUGUCAUUUUACAUUUCACAGUUGAAUCAUGCUUUAAAAUAUUUAAUUUGCCACCAACGAAAAGAAAUGACUGAAGUCAGUUUUUAAUCAUUAUGCCUUUCUCACAUGUACAUUAUUUUCACUCAUUGACACUUUUAAUGGUGGUUCCUAUAGAGACAGAGUUAUCAGCUGAAUUGUAUUUCCUUGAGAAAUUUAAUUCAGAUAAAAUUCGUAGUGAUCCACACAAUAUCUUGUUUUAUCCCGUCUUGUUUAUUGGUAUUGCUGCUUUCUUGUUUUUAAUAUAAAAGCUGUCAAUUUUAUUCAACAUGUUUAUUCAUGAACUUGAGUGUAUCAUUUGCGGGAUAGCGGGAAAAUGGGUGAUGUAACUGUAGUGUAAUGAAUAUGCAUUUGUAGGGGGAGAUUUGGUGUAUUAAUUUGUGAGAAUGGAACAUACCAAUGUCAGGUUCAUUUUGCAGAUGAUGCCGACAACCUGUAUCCAAUGUGGACCAUUUGUCAUGUGUUGCUGUUUCAUCAAAAUUCGUAGAAGUUACUUGCUUUGACCGUAACACUUUGGCUGUGACAUUUUGCAGACAAUAAACAUGUCAGUUUAAGAUGCCAAUUUAUUUUUGGAGUUUUGUUGGUCUUAAGCUUUUCGGCUCUGUUGCUUUUUUGUUUUCUAAUGGACUGAAGUCUCCUGGUGCUGUUGUUUUGUCGGAAUAGUCGUUGUCAUGGUAUUGGUUUAUUCCAUUCUCACUAAGAAUAACUUUCACUGUAAUCUGUUUGUAUAUAAAUGCAGUACUACACUCGACAGGAUUUAUGUGCUUUGGGAAAAACAAUCUCUUGAACUGUGAAUAUUGUAUUUUGUAUCAUUUUCUGUUUUGUUUAAAUUUCAAAGCUGUAUGUAUUUUGCUGUUGGAACUUGUGCGGAACGUUCCCACCUUUUCUGUUCAUGGAGAGGCCCAAUAAUUUACAUAUAUGUAUUUGCAUAUUCAUGAUUUGUAGGCAAUAGUUAUAAAGCAGAAAAUUUCUGGAACGUAAACUGAUUGAGUUUGUUGUGGGACAGAUCCCUUAGGAAGAUUUGCACUUCGUUUUUAUGCAUAACUGUCAACUAUGCCAUAUCUUUAAGACAAGCAAGUGAAAAUGAAAUUUGUAUUUCAUACGAAUUGACUUCCUGAAUCGCGUCAAUGAAUUUUUGUGGUCUGUUUAAAGAGACUGGAUAAUUCAAAUAUAAAAUCAAUAGAAAAAAAGCUCUUCCAAAAGUCAGAACAUUUUUAAUUUGCAUUCAUGAAUAAAAAGUUUUCAUUUUGAACAAUUCCCAUUCAACAAACUGUUUAGAAGAAAAUGGUAAAGAGUUAUUGAUCUGCAGAGUAUGGUUGUGGUCCCUUCAUUUUCGUGGACGUUUUAGCUGGUUGCCAAUUGUGUCGGAACAGUGAAGUAUAUAUUUGCAGGGUACCUAGAGAAAGGUAUUGUUUUUAUGUGUUUGGCCAUUGUUAUGUAAAUGUUAAUGAUGAGAAUUAAUAUCAAUGAACUAUUCAUGUCGUUUAGGGGUUCCUUUGUUGUAUAAUUUGGGCCUUUCUGUAUCCAGAUAUUUUGCAUUAAAAUGCAAGACCUUUGAAAUUUA